AUGACUCGAAUCUCUAGAGGGGUUCUUCUGGUGUGGUUUGUGACUUUAUUGGCUCUCGCAGUCGUUCUUCCCAACUUUUCUCGAUCCGAACGUGUGGCAGACGACAUUCUUGAUGAUAUCGAACCAAAAAUUGAAGUGCCAAAAACACCGGUCAACAAGGGAGCAACUGACGAACAGACUGUCCAGCGUGAAGAAGAGGCUAUUCAACUUGAUGGCCUUUCAGUGGAUGAGUUCAAAAAGAUCAGAGAGAGUGCCGAGAAACACCAGUUCCAAGCAGAGGCUGACAAGGAAAACCAUAUUCUUCACAUAACUGACAGUGGAAUUGGUAUGACCAAGCAGGAUCUGAUUAACAAUCUUGGAACGAUCGCUCAUUCUGGUACUUCCGAGUUUGUCUCUAAAUUGCUCGAUUCGUCAACAUCUAGUGAACAGCAACAGGAUUUGAUUGGCCAAUUUGGAGUUGGGUUUUACUCUGCAUUUUUGGUUGCUGAUCGUGUUGUUGUAACAACCAAACACAAUGAUGAUGCAAAGCAAUACAUUUGGGAAUCAGACUCGCAGCAGUUUACUAUUGCUGAUGAUCCUCGCGGUCCGACGCUUCAACGCGGCACCCAAGUCUCUUUGCACUUGAAGGAGGAGGCUUAUGAUUUCUUAGAGCCUGAUACUCUCAAGAAAUUGAUUCACAAAUAUUCACAAUUUAUCAACUUUGACAUUCUUUUGUGGCAGAGUCGUACAGAAACAGUUGAAGAACCAAUCGAAGAAGAAAAGAAAGAUGAGGAUAAAGCAGCGGAGGAAAAAUCUAAAGAGGAAAAGAAGAAAGAUGAGGAUAAAGCUGAAGAGAAGAAAGAGGACGAGACUGAGGAGGACAAGGAUAAAGCUAAGGAAGAUGAAAAGAAGGAAGAAGAAAAGCCAAAAACUAAGAGUGUUGAGCGUACAGUUUGGGAUUGGGAGAAAAUGAACGCAAUGAAGCCCAUUUGGAUGCGUAAACCUAACGAAGUUGAAGAACAAGAGUAUAAGGACUUUUACAAAUCAAUUACAAAGGAUUAUGAUGAACACUUGUCUCACGUACAUUUCUCGGCUGAAGGUGAAGUUAGCUUUAAAUCUAUUUUAUAUGUUCCAAAAACUUUGGCAAAUGAUGCAUUCCAAAAUUAUGGAAAAACUGAAGAGAAUAUUAAGCUCUACGUUCGUCGAGUUUUCAUCACUGAUGACUUUAAAGAUAUGUUGCCAAAAUAUUUGUCCUUCAUUCGUGGUAUUGUAGAUAGCGAUGAUUUGCCUUUAAACGUCUCUCGUGAAAUGCUUCAACAAAAUAAAUUGCUCAAAGUAAUAAAAAAGAAAUUGGUCCGUAAAGUACUUGAUAUGUUGAAAAAAUUGCCUGCUGAAAAAUUUGAUGCUUUUUGGAAGGAAUAUUCAACAAACAUUAAAUUGGGUAUUAUGGAGGAUCCAUCAAAUAGAACUCGUCUUGCCAAAUUACUUCGUUUCCAAAGUUCUGCAGAUGACAAGAAGCAAGUAACAUUACAAGAAUAUUUGGAAAGAAUGAAAGAAAAUCAGCCAGCAAUUUAUUAUGUGGCAGGAACUUCUCGCCAAGAACUUGAAAAUUCUCCUUUUGUUGAACGUUUAUUGAAAAAAGGAUUUGAAGUUUUGUAUCUGACAGAGCCUGUUGAUGAAUAUUGCAUUCAAGCCUUACCUGAAUAUGAAGGGAAAAAAUUCCAAAAUGUUGCUAAAGAAGGUCUUAAACUUGAUGAAGGAAAGAAAUCUGAAGAAGUAUUUAAACAACUUGGUGAACAAUUUAAAGUGCUCAUUGAUUGGCUCAAGGAUAAUGGUCUCAAGGAUCUGAUUGAAAAGGCUGUUAUCUCUCAACGUUUGACAAGAUCUCCGUCUGCUUUGGUCGCCUCUCAAUGGGGAUGGUCUGGCAAUAUGGAACGUAUCAUGAAGUCACAAGCUUAUGCUAAAUCUAAAGACCCUUCUCAAGAAUUUUAUGCAAUGAUGAAAAAGACAUUUGAGAUCAAUCCUCGCCAUCCUGUUAUUAAGGAAUUGCUCAGACGUGUACAGGAUGACCCAGAGGAUCCUGUUGCGAAAUCUACCGCACAUUUAUUGUUUGAGACAGCAACUCUUCGUUCUGGAUAUUCACUUUCUGACCAAGUUGGAUUUGCUGAACGUAUUGAAGGAAUUUUGCGUAAAUCACUCGACUUGAGCGCAACUGCAGAGGUUGAAGAUGAAAUGGAAAUUAUUGAGGAUGAAGUUGAUGAAAAGAAGGAUGAAGAUGAAAAGAAGGAAGAUGAAGAGACUACUACUGAAGAGGAGGGUGUGACUGAUGAAAAGAGUGAAGAAAAAGAUGAAAAGCCUGAGGAAGUAAAGGAUGAGGAAGCAAAGAAGGAAGAGGAAAAGCCUGAAUCGGAUGAGGAAAAACACGAAGAGCUCUAAAAAGUUAAACAAGGUUGAAUGAUUUUUUUGCAUAUUUCCAUCCAUUC